AUGGUGUUCCGUGGACGCACUCGACUCGUCUCAACUUCAUCUCGUCACUAGUUUCUUUCCCUUUAUUGCAUUUCUCGAAUUCGCACACCAUUUCAAGAGUCCAAAAUAGCAAACGGUGCUGCAACUGAUUUCGAUUACAAAAACCAACAAGAGUGAUCCCGCUUCAUUUUUUUUUUUGCGCUUCAUCGCGGCGACGGUUUCAAGUGACAACCCGUGAAUCGUCAUGGCAAACGGUAGCAGCACAUUCCAGCAACGGCAGCAGACGCUACGCUGGGUCUUUGGGUUCUUGCUGAUGGGAGCGAUGGCCGCCAUGGCCCAACCGCCUUUCCAGCCCAAACACAAUUUCGGUAGAUUACCGCAGCAACAGUUGCAGCAAGUGGGACCCAAAUGCGCCCUCGUCGUACCUAAAGGCCACGGGGAAAGUUGCAUCACGAUCGAAUCAAUCAACCGGGCAUUCAACAAAGCUUCAAAGGAAUUCCGGCUAGUCGAAUCAAGAGAGGAAACGUACAACGAACAACUGGCUGAAACUCUAAUCGAAACAAGUCGCUUGCUGUCCUUAGAGCAUAAAUUAGAGACGGACGAGAUUCAAGCGGCAUUGCCAUUGAUCGAUAUUUUCAAAACGAGCAUCGCCCGCUUUUGCCCCAAACCGACAAAAUGCGAAGCCAGGCGAUUCCGAAACUACGACGGAAUGUGCAACAACUUAGAGAAUCCCAACUGGGGCGCCAUUUCGGCCCCUUUCCGCCACCUUCUGCCUCCCGACUACGCCGACGACAUCAGCAUGCCGCGCAUUUCAGUCACCGGAGAACAGCUGCCCACGGCCCGUUACAUUUCGUCCACCAUCCACCGCGAUCUCGGCUAUCACGAUCACGCCGUCACCGUCUUCCUUCCGGCUUUCGGUCAGCUCAUCGAUCACGACAUGGCCGCCGGAGCUGAAACGAAAGAUCCGAGGACGAAUGCCGAGCCAAAGUGCUGUGACGUGUCUCCCGAUCGGCGUCAUCCAGCCUGUUGGCCCAUCGACAUCCCAGCCAACGACCCGUUCUAUUCGCUCUUUGGCCGCCGCUGCUUGGAAUUCGUGCGCUCAGCCAGCGGAUUGAAAGACAAGUGCAAAUUGGGACCGCGCGCCACCUACAACACGGUGACGAGCGUCCUGGACGCCGGCUUCGUCUACGGCACGAACAAGGAGACGGCGCACAAGUUGCGCACCUUCCGCGGCGGCUCGCUCACCUCCAACCCGGCGCUGCGCAACUUGGGCCUGAAGGAUCUCUUGCCGGCGAGAAGGGAAAACCCCGACCAAAACUGCAAACGGCCCAGCGGCGACAUCUAUUGUUUCGAAGCAGGUGAUGCGCGAGUCAAUCAACAAGUCAUGUUGGUCACUCUGCACACCAUUUUCUUGCGCGAACACAACCGCAUCGCCGCCCAAUUGGCCAAAAUCAAUUCGCACUGGGACGAUGAAAGAAUUUUCCAGGAAACGAGGCACAUCAUCGCUGCUUACGUUCAACACAUCACCUACAACGAAUUCCUGCCUAUGGUGCUGGGCAAAGACAUUAUGGCAGACUACGGCCUGCUCCUCGAUAAAGACGGUCUGUCGUCCGGUUACAACCCGAAAAUAAAUCCCAAUCUCCCCUCGUCGUUCCACGCAGCCGCUUUCCGCUUCGGACACUCGGUCCUACCCUCCCAGAUUGAACAGUGGAGCGUCACCCACAAGCACGUCGGAUCACGCAGGCUGAGCGAAUUGUUCAACCGGCCGUUCGACAUGUACCAGGGAGGAGUGACCGAUCGCUACAUUUCCGGAUUCAUGAACCAAGUGGCGCAAGCUGUCGACGACGCCAUGACCGAAGAGUUGACCAAUCAUCUGUUCGCAGAGCCCCUCAAGAGCUUCGGAGCCGACUUGGCAUCGCUCAACAUGCAACGCGGCAGGGACCACGGGUUGCCGUCGUACAACGCCUACCGCGAAUACUGCGGACUGCGACGUGCCCAUCACUGGGACGACCUGGCCGGCGUCUUCACCAACGACACGCUGCAAAAAUACGCAAGAACCUACGCCAGUCCGGACGACAUCGAUCUGUGGUCAGCCGGAAUCUCUGAACGACCCUUGCCCGGUAGUAUGGUCGGCCCCGUUUUCGGCUGCAUUAUGGGAGAGACGUUUAAAAGCUUGCGUUAUGGCGACAGAUUCUGGUACGAAAAUGGAGGCUGGCCGAGUUCAUUCACGCCAGAGCAAGUGAACGAAAUUCGACGAAUCAAACUGUCCAGACUCGUAUGCGACAACGGUGAUCGUAUCGAAACUGCUCAAGUCUACGUAAUGGUUCUACCCGAUCCACAAAUUAACCCGAGAGUGCCUUGCAAAAGCUCCGUGCUACCCCGCUUGAACUUGGAAUUAUGGCGGGAAUCGAAAGGAAAGCCCAAUGUCAAGAAUCCGCAAUUUGCGCCACCGACCGCUCCCGGACCAUUCGCCGGAGGCUUCAAUAGCGUGCCAACACUGUUCAACAACCCACGGCCUUUCUUCUAAUAAUUGACCCGAAAACAAAGGAGCGGAGAUGCGCAUAUCAAAUCAACAAAACGCGACACGGCAAAGAAGAGAAACAUCGAGUGAAAUGAAGCAGCCCCUCCGUCGUUAGAGCCAUCCAGUAUACGAGUAAAAAAUUCGGAUCGGGGAAAGAAAUGAAA